AUGAAAGCUUCUUUUCAAAGGACUUCACCUUUUUGGCCAACAUUCAUCAAGAGUCAGAAUCGGACAGGAACUUUGGAGACUGACAUGGGCAUAACCCUUGACGAAAUUCAUGACGAAAUGAAAGCGGCAGAAGAACUUGAUGCAUCGUGGACACAUUACUUGCUCAGCACCACCUGUGCAAACAUAAGCGGGGACGAACUGCUCCGCCGUACAACACGGUUUUUGGAGACCGCUACUACAUCCAGGGAAAAGUUGUUACGUCUCACUCAGCGAUACCUCUUGUUUGACUCCACCUUCCUAGCACUUGUGAAAGGCGACCAACUUCCAGCUAGUAGGCGAGAACAAUGGGAGAAACAGAAGCAUCGUGGUAAUUUUAAAGCUCAGGACGUCGACAAGCAGAUUGCCAAACUGGAACGUGUCAUCGACGAAAUAAACUAUGAAGUACUUCAAGCCGAAAAAUUGCAGAAGAAAGAGAAAAAUGCACAUCAAGGGAAAAAGAUUCACACUCGAUCCUUCAGCGUUCAAGUACGGCAACAAUCCUUCACUGCAACUACUCAGACCGAUGGCAUCGAAGUUCACUCCCUUGGAGUUCAAGCUCUUCUACAGAAAACCAGCGAUGAGGUGACCCAAGGACAAGAAGAGCACUGGCAGAGCCCCGGCCACAAGCGACGCUGCAGUGAAAGCUCCGAAGAGAAAGCUGCAAAAGUCAAGGUCAUUUCUGACGAGGAAUAUUUGAUACAGUUGAUUCAUGAAAGUGCAGAUAGGGAAGACGAAGAGGAUGACGAUGACGACCAGAUGAGUAGAGAGAAGGAAAUACCAAAGACUUACCAGAGAACACAUAAUCGUCGGCAACGACCAAACCUUGCGCGUUCUGCGGAGCCCGAAAAUAUUCAUUUCUCGGACUCCUGCCCCAAAGUGGUGAACGGCAACGACAGGUUCAGAUUAGCCGACAGAAAUGGAACGUGCUUCCUCUGCCUAGGAUCGUGUCCGCGUAGCGGAUGCCUAGAAGACUACAAAGAAUGUUGGUAUUGCUUCAUCGUGAGAACUCGAGCACCGAUUCUGAGAUUUCUUAUCCCAAAGGACAAGGGACACCACCGUGCUCUGUGCACAAUCCCUGAUUCGAAGGAUCGGAUAAGACGAGCGAUCAGAGAAGUGCAGCAAGAAAUUGAAGAAGCUGAAAGACAUUAA